AUGCGGCGGGCGAGGGCAGUCUUCCGACCAAACGUCAAGUCAGCGGCGGCUGCACCCAGAGGUAAGACGCCCUCCACAUCAAAAGAACCUCCCGCCAAGGUCACAGAGAAGGAACCAAAAGGUCACGACAAGCAGGAGAAGACAACAGUCCAAGCAGCUGAGGAGAAAGCCAAGAAGCAGCCUGAGACAUCAGCUAAGACAUUACAAAAUGUCUCAACACCACCGGCACAGAAAACUGAUUCAAUCUCUUCAGUAAGACCUACUCAGCCAAAUAAAGCACUCAGCAAGCAGACAGAAAAAACUGCAGGCGACAAAGUUGCUGGCAAAAACACCACUGACUCGGGCACCACCGAUAACACUUUGUCAUCAAACAUUGAGAAGAACAAGAAAACAAGCGAUGCUGAUGCUGGUAAAAUUCAGAAGGAUGUGAAGACGUCUAACAAUGGUGGACAGAAGUCUGCGUCGGUCGCCGGGCGUAGGAAGCGCGUGACGGCAGUACCGAACCUGGGACGGCCGAGACAGGGGUCAUCGACCUCAGGUAAACCUGCAGUAACAGAGGAGAAGGAGCCAGGGCAGAGUGAUGGGGAGAAGAAGAAGGAGAAGAAGGAGGAUCCUGCAGAAAAACCUUUCCAGGAGCCACCACCCGUACAAAGGAUGUCUGAGCCUUUUGGGAGUAAACCCCCUCCACGGCACAUUCCCCCACUGGUGAUCCCGAGACGCAGACUGGACUCCACAUCGAGCGUGGACGGUCGGGACGGCUCAGAGCGGCCGCUAACCAUUCCCCACCGCGAGAGGAGAGUCAGUGGCAUGUACACACCCAACAUUCAGCCUGAGAGACGCAGGGAGAAGGAGCAGGAGGAGGAAGAGGGCCCAGCGAAGCGCCGACAGAGGCACAACCAGAGCAAACCUCCGGACAAGAACAGGAUGACCAUGGCUGACCUCAUCUACUACAACCCCAAAACUAACAUGAUGAAGUCAACAGAAGAAAAGGCCAAAAAACUGAAGGAAAAGAAGAAGCAGAAACAAGACGUUGAUGCAAUGAGCGAGAGAGGGCAAGAAGAAGAGAUGGAGGAAGAACUGUUGGAGGAAGCUGGAAGCCAAGACAAGCCUCCAGCAGAAGAAGAGGCAGACGGGGAUGACAGUCUGUUGGUGCCGCAAGUCAGGGUGGCAGAGGAUGGAACUAUCGUUCUCAAUGAACAGAGCCUGACCGUUUCCACCCCAGCGAAGGCAGGUUCAGACGGUGACAUCGUUCGGGAGGACGAGUCCAACACGACAUACUCCAGCUUCCGCAAGAAGGUCCCGCAGACCCAGGCAUGGAACAUGAAAGAGACAAUAAAGUUCUACAAGGCCCUGAGCACAGUUGGAACAGACUUCACCCUCAUGGCGGCCAUGUUACCCAAAAGGACAAGGGCACAGCUCAAGGCCAAGUUUAAGAAGGAAGAGAAGCAAAACAGGAAUUUGGUGGACAGGGCACUCUCCCUUAGACAGGAGUUUGACAUGUCGACCUUCAACCAGUCUGAGUCGGACUCUGAAGAUGAGAAGCAGAAGAAGAGGAAGGAGCACGCCCCCCGCAGGGGGAAGGGACGGCCGAGGGGGGCGGAAAACAACGAGCAGGGGGGGAAACGAAAGGCCAGUGGUGAGCAUGACAGAGAGGCAGUCUCGGCGAGGCUGUCCUCUCCCCUGGGAGUUGCUCCCAAGAAUGCAGCAGGGUUCCCCAGCUAUGCCCGUCCUGACAUGGGCAGGGACGGGGAUGCGGACGGCAGCAGGAGGGAACACACGGAGGAUGCUGACGAUGAGAACGAAGAGGAGGAGACGAGGAUCGUGGAGAUGUUGAAGGGACCGACGCGAGCGGGGAGGCAACCGAAGCGGGUUCAGACCUUCAGCAUCAACAUCGAGCCCACCAGGAAGCGGCCCCGCCCGCCAACCGUCGUCAACCGCGCGUCGCCCAUUUCCAGCCCUCCCCGCUUCUCCCCGGGUAAGCGCUGGCUCUACAUCCCUGGGGAGACGGGUCCAAGGUCGGAGGGCAGGGGUCAAUCCCAGGGGUCGAGCAACGAGCAAGAAAACAGCCCACCUGUAGAAGAAAUGGUCGAGACUGUGAUGAUACAGAGUCCAGUAAGGUUCGAACCGUCCCAGCCCAUUCCUCAGCUCAUCCAGGGUACCGCAUUAAACGGCAGUGUUGUUGUAGGUGAGGUGGAGGAGCUAGUCUUUACCGACGACGAAGGAAGCCAACCCACCAUUACUACCACCACUGCCGCCGCCACCGCCCAGUACACGCUGGUCAUACCGGUCGUGAGCACGACAAACAUGAACACGAGUACUCCGAGCAGACAGCAGACUGUUUCGGUCAUCGUUCCGUCGAGUUCGGCGGCGCACAACACCUCGCUGGAUGGGAUCAACACGAGCGGCGGCUCGGAGCGGCUGUCGCUCAGCUUCGUGACAGGCGAGCAUCUGACGGCGAGCGACAUCCUCGAACAGAUGCAGAUGGAGGGAAGGAAAGAACAAGGGGAGGAGGAGGAGGAGGAAGAGGAGGUACCGGUGGUCAUAGGAGAAGAGAUGAUCACAGAAAUCGUGACAGAGAUUCAGAAAGAACAGCCUGAUGCGGACAGUACUGUGGACAAAGGUGCAGCUGGGUUAGAGGCAGAGAGCUAGCAUCGGCUGAGGUUCUUUUCAUAUGGCGGAAAACAUCAAAUGUAUAGUAACUGAGUAGCUGUCAUCUUGUGUACCUCAAAUAUC